GCCAGAUAUGGGUCACUCAGCGAUCAAUGCCGAUAUAGAGUCGCUGUAUCGUCAAAGUCCCUCGCACAAUUUUCUUUACAUCAUUUUUCGUUGGCUCGCUUAUUCCGAGAGAUGAUCUCCUCGUCGCGGGGAUGUGUGCCGACUCGAUCGCUCGCGACAUUAUCUUUGGCGCGGGAGUAGAAUCGAUUCGCGCGCGGCGUUUAAGAGUUCGAUCGACCGCGCCAAAUAUGGAGGUAUCGCAACCCUGGAAAUCCGAUACCCUGGAAGUCUAGUGACUUGGCGAAAUGGUUCGCGUCGCGGCUACAUGGGGGUGUAGCUUUCACAAAAGACCAAUCAAUAAGCAGGAGCUCACAUUAGAGAACAGGAAAUUAACUGUUGACGUGUGCGUGGAACGAGUCAUUAUCAUUCUAUUGGAAAUUAAGAAAGAACAGUUUAUACGCGGCAAUGGACGUUGUGUGAUUUAUUGCCCCUGAAUACCCAGUGCGAUCUUCAACGACGAUUUUUUCAGGAUGAAGCUUGGCCACACAAUUGACGAUUCGCGGAAGAGAUAUCCGGAGAUCACGGACGAGCUUUUAAAGAGUCUACAAAAGUGGGCGGAUGAUCAGGAUCUUCCAAAAAUUCCCGAAGAACAAUUGGCAUUAUUCGCGCAUAGUUGUUACUUUGAUUUGGCGGCCACGAAACGAUGCAUGGACGUUUAUUACAGAAUGCGCGCCACGAUUCCGGAAUUUUUCAACGACAGAGAUUCCAGACGCGAGUAUCUACAGCAUUCUUUGAAAGCUUUGGAGUUUGUAGCGCUUCCCAAGCCAGAUCGAAACGGUUCCCGGAUAAUUUUUCAUCGUCUGGCAGAUUCACGGUCCUCCCAAUACAUGUUUAAUGACGGUAUCAAGCUGCUGCUGAUGUCCAUAGACGCGAGCCUCUACACGGAUGGUUGUUCGCCGGGAUAUAUUUUCCUCUUUGACAUGCAUAACGUGAGACUUGGUCACUUGACUAGGCUGUCGUUAAAUAGUAUUCGCUGGUUCUUCGAGUAUCUUCAGGAUGGCAUGCCGGUCAGGCUCAAGGCCAUUCAUGUAUUGAACGCGGUCUGGUUUAUGGACAAAGUCCUCGCUCUCAUCAGACCGUUUAUGAAGCGAGAACUUUACGACAUGCUUCAUGUUCACAGCGGUGACGUCUCCGACAUAUAUUCUUAUAUACCGCCCGAGUCUUUGCCGAAAGACUAUAAUGGAGAAUUGGACUAUAUCGCAAAUCUUCAUAAAGCGCAUUGCGUGAAGUUGGAUCAAUUGCGAGAUUAUUUCCAAGAAGAGGAGGCCUUAUUUCGUAAUUAUUCGCUUAACAAAGCGAAAAUAGCGAACAAUCAAAACAUUAUGCAAAGCGCUACCAAGGAUCUAAAAGAUCGUCAAAACGAUGAUGAUAUAGUUGACGCAAGAUGUUAACAUGUGUAGUGAAUAGCGUAGAUUAAUGCAUGUACAGGUACAGGUAAAUAAAGGUCAGGACAUCAUUACUGCUUU